AUGUACUAUUUCCUCUGCAUGCUGGCUGUCACCGACCUGGUUCUGUCUACAUCCAUCCUGCCCAAAACGCUGAGCAUCUUCUGGUUCAAUUCCAGAGAGACUGAUUUCGAGGCCUGCCUCACCCAGAUGUACUUCCUUCACUGCUUUGUAGUGAUGGAGUCUGGGUUCUUCAUGGCCUUGGCUUUGGAUCGCUAUGUGGCCGUCUGCCAUCCCCUGAGACAUUCCACCAUCCUGAAAAACUCCAUGGUGGCCAAGAUCGGCCUGGCCAUGGUACUGCGUGGUGGCAUGAUCAUACUCCACUCUUUCCUCCAGGCAAGGCAGUGGCCAUAUUACAGGACCAACAUCAUUCCCCACAUGCACUGCGAACACAUGGCUGUGAUGAAGCUCGCCUGUGCUGACACCCAGGUCGCUAGUUACUAUGGCCUCUUUAUGCUAUUCUUUGUGACAUAUAUGGAUGUGUUUUUUAUCGCCGUGUCCUAUAUCCAGAUCCUCAGAGCUGUCUUCAGCCUACCCACAAAGGACACCCGACUCAAGCCUUUUGGGACCUGCGGCUCCCACCUCUACAGCUCAAUGCAGAGCUGGCUGGUGACAUGGUGCUGGGCCCUCUUCCCGGAAUCUCUGAAUGGAUAG